CAAUAUUUGAUUCACGAGUUUUUCGUGAUUUUAUUUUCCUUUUAAACGGAGCUUCGUGCUCAAUAGGCAGCCUCCUGAAUAAUGCCGAGGACUAUUGUUUCCGGUAGACUUUCACCGGCGGCUCUCCCCAUCGGUUUAUCAGUCUCACGCUUGCUUUCCGUCAAGUACGCCGCUCAGAGACUCCCUGUUUCCGUUCUCAUAUCAGCUCGUGUAUGUUCUUUUGCCGUCGAGACAAAGUCGAGUGUGGAUUAUGUAGUCGAGAAAGAAAAAAAGAAGAUUCUAGCUUGUCCCAUCUGUUAUAACUCCUUAGCAGCAUUGAUCAGUCAACCCCAUGAAUCAGCAGAAUAUCCUGCCUCUGGUACUCACUUACAAUGCAAAUACUGUAAAAAGAGUUACUCAGCUAAUGAGACGCAUCUUGAUUUGACUGUGGCUAGUGGAACCAAGCAAUACACUGAACCACUGCCUCUUUCAAUCGAGUUGUACAGGAAUCCAUUAGUCUCUUUCCUUUACGAGAGAGGUUGGCGUCAGAAUUUCAUGUGGGGUGGUUUUCCAGGACCAGAGAAAGAGUUUGAAAUGGCUGGUGAAUACUUGAAGCAUGUUUUGGGAGGCAAUAUCAUUGACGCCAGUUGUGGAAGCGGCUUGUUCUCGAGAUUAUUUGCUAAGAGUGAGCAUUUUGCUAUGGUAUACGCCCUUGAUUACUCGGAGAAUAUGCUGCGACAGUGCUACGAGUUCUUGAAACAGGAAGCUAACUUAAUUGACAAAAAGAUCGUUGUACUGGCUCGAGCAGAUAUAGCUAGACUCCCUUUUCUUUCUGGUUCAGUUGACGCUGUCCAUGCUGGUGCUGCGUUACAUUGCUGGCCUUCACCAUCUUCAGCUGUUGCUGAGAUAAGCCGUGUUCUUAGACCUGGAGGAGUAUUUGUUGCCACCACGUUCAUCUAUGAUGGCCUUUUCCGUUUUGUCCCGUUCUUGAAGGAGCUUCGCCAGGAAAUAAUGAGAUAUUCAGGUUCUCACAUGUUUCUGAGCGAACGUGAGCUGGAAGAUCUUUGCAAAUCAUGUGGACUCGUUGGUUUCACUUGUGUUAGAAACGGGCUAUUUAUAAUGCUCUCAGCCACAAAACCCACCAGAUAAGCUCACCCUUUUAUGAAGAGCUUUAGUCCUUGAAUGUAUACACAAUCUUUCUGUAGUUGAAAAUUUGGUAUAUAGUUACCAGUUUGCCAUUAUUAACAUUGUAAAGAAGUGACAUAGUACAUUGUAACCUGUGUUUUAAAGCAUUUUGCAAAUUUAUUAUCUACUACUGGCGCUUGUAUAAUUGAUUUUUUUUUCUGAACAUGGGCCUAAUCUACCACUUGCUGGUGUUUGAAACAAGUCUUAUAUUUCAAGUUCCAACGACUGAAAGAGUUUUCAUGAGUAAGCAACGGUCCGUGUUUGGUAAAGACUUGGGAUUGGAGCUAAAAUCCUGAAGUGAAGAAAUUUCCAAAAAGAGUAAGUCUUCUUCUUUUGUUCCUUUUUUCCUUCUAAGGCAAGCAUAUGUUGUAGUCCCAAUGUGCCUUUGGAUCAUGUGCCUUUAUCAUUCUAAUACAUUUUCCACACGAGUCAGUAGUGAUCAAUAGUAUUUUAUUUUACUAUCAAAUAGCAAAAUCAAUUCUUAACAUUUUUUUGUAUAAACUUAAGUAAUACAGUAGAAAGCCAAUUGAUCAACAUGACGACAGCUGAUAAAUUAUGAAUGUUUUACUCAAUAUUUGAGGUUUUUAAUUUUAAAACCUUUCAUCACGAUACAAUCUGAUAUAAAAUGAAUUAUGCAUGUUCACGUCGUUUUAAAUUUGCUUCUCCGAUGCAUGUAUGAGUACGAACUAAUAUCAAAUUCCAGUAUUUCGGAUAUUUAUAAGAAAUGAUCGCCUUUCCGCAUUUUUAAUCUUUAACCCAAAGGCAGCGCGCGUCGUUAUUUUAUUCCGUUCACUAGGUCCACACGCCAUAAAUUCAAUCAUAUUGUUUGCCAUCUUUUACAUUAUUUUUUGACUAUGAUUUGCUAUUUACGGUGUCGGUACAAUUCCAUGAUACGAACAAAACCCAUUGUUUUACAAAUAAAAGUACAUGCCAAUUUUGUUACCAACCAGGCAUUUUUCUUUAACGUAACCUCAAACUAAAUUCAGCCGAUCAAAUAACUGAAUAGUGGCAGUUUUUUCUGCAUGUGUAAAACUUCUAAAAGUGAAAAAAAUUACUUGCCAUACUUUUGCGUUAAACAAGUUACUGCUAAUUUUUUUUUUUUUUAUCAUCCGUCAUCUACAUGUGCACAAAUGAAUUAUACAAUUAAUGAGGUAUAAAUGUAUUAAACAUAUACAGUAUAUAACCGCAAUCAUCAAAUCACUUAUUUUCUUUUGUUUCAUCAUGCCUUUAUUUUAUUUUUUUGACUAAUAUUCAUCAUGCCUUUCUUAGAAACUAUAAUAUACUUAUAAUCGGAAUAAGACGCCCUAGAUGUAUAUCUUAUCAAAUCUGCAAUGAUCACGGGGCUGCAUAUAAAAGAAUUUAUGCACUUUGAGUACAGUAGAGGUUUAUCAAAAGACUUUCCUUACUGUAUAUAUAUUGGUUUGCGUACUUUAUUUUAUAUUUUCCUUUAGGUAUAUUUUACGUAUGGAUCUUUUUGUUUUCGUCUUUAAGGCAUACUCAAAAAUAUGCGACUCAGUGUACAAUAUGGUUGGAUGAGGGAUAAAACUACAACAUGCUUGAAUACCACCAAGAGCCAUAUAUGAUAUAUAUAAUUAUAUUAUACAUUUAUAUGUCGCCAUGCCUACCAAUUGUUGGUACAUAUCGUGGGUCAAUCAGACUAUUCAUUUACCUAACUUCAGUAAUAUAUAACGUUGGGAAAAAGUCAUUUGAUAGAAUCAUAGAACUAGAAGCAUUGAUCAAUCUACAAAAGGUGUCACAAGACACAAUGCAUGAUUAUAUGCACAUAUAUAUCCUAACUUCCGAAUAUCAGUAGCAGAACUGCCGUCUCAAAACAAAACUAUUAGUAAGUAGUCCUAUAAAAUUUAUCCAGCUUUUCGUUAUUUGUGACCAUGUAUUAUAAUGGGGCAUGUUCUUUUUUUUCACAGAAUUUUUAAUUAAAUCGAAAUUUAGACUAGUCGUAAGGUCCAUAUAUCGCCACAGUGAUGUAUAGUAUGCUUGUUCUUAAAGGAAAGAUAUCUUCAAAUUAGAAUGAUUAUUUCGAUUUUUAUAAGUUAUCAUUCGUCAGUUUUUGACUACUUUUUUGGUAUUUGUGUUGAAAUGUUUUGAAAAAGAGAGAAUCUAUUUACGUGGCUUAUUUUUGGCUUAUUAUAACUUUGUUCAUAGCUUUAUAUCCUUCUUCGUUUUUAAGUAGAAAUCUUCUUAGCACGAGUUUUUAUAGUUGUCGGCAAGCAAAAGCACAUUCAUUCCAUGCAUUGUUCCAAAAUUUCAUAUACUGGAAGAGCAAAUUAAACAAAAAUACGCUCAGCAUACAAAUUUGCUGAUACGAUAUCUUGUCUGAAAACAUCUAUCAAUGAUUUAAAUCUGAUCCAGUUUCUAGUCAUAAAUAUAUAGACGAAGCCUCUAUUUGUGCUCUAGCUUCUCUUAACUGUGA